AUGGGGAUGAUAUGCGUGGGCUUCACAAGCAAUAAAGCAUCUCUCGAACGAUUGCCGGGCUGGGAGCAGGAAUCCUGGGCUUACCACGGCGACGAUGGCAGGACUUUCUUCGGCGAGACGCAGGGCCAGGGCAAAUUGUAUGGCCCCAAGUAUUCUGUGAAUGACACCAUUGGCUGUGGGGUGAAUUUCUCGACGAAUACUGCUUUUUUUACAAGGAAUGGGGUUUUUCUUGGUAAUGCGUUCCGGGAAUUGCGGAAUGUGAAACUAUACCCUGCGGUUGGGGUGAAGAAGCAACCCACGACGCAUCUAAAGGCGAAUUUUGGCCAGUUUCCUUUUGUAUAUGAUAUUGACGGGUUGAUGGAGAGAGAGAAACUUAACGUUCAAGCGGAGAUAAGGGCUACUAAUAUUUCCAAUUUACAUUCCUCCCCCGAUGAGAGCACGUUUAUCCAGGAGCUUGUGGCUCAAUUUUUGGCGCAUGGCGGAUAUGUUGAGACCGCACGCGCCUUUGCUGGAGAGGUCAGGGAGGAGUCGCGGGCUUUGCAGAAUGGGCAGGAAACGCCGUUGAGAUAUUGCCAGGCAGAGGAGGAUGUUGAUGCUAUUAACCGACAGAGUAAUCUCGCUUGCCACCCACCCCCUCCCUAUCUUAACCACGUCUGUACUAAAUUUCUAUUUUUUUUUUUUUUUUCAGAAAUCCGCACUGCCAUUUUGGACGGCGAUAUCGACAAGGCUUUGAAAUUCACAAAUGCCUCAUACGCUAACGUCCUUCGGGACAAUCCACAAAUUUACUUUCGUCUCCGCUGUCGGAAGUUCAUCGAGAUGAUGCGUCGCUGCACUGAACCACAGCCUAUCGCCCCAUCGACGUCCAAGCAGGCAGCCCGCUCAUCCAAUGGCGCUACUGCUGUAUCUGUACACGAUACCAGCGACGACGUCUUCGUGCACGAUAUGGAGCUAGACGAGCAUAUGAACGAUGUCCUGGAUGAUGGUCAUGAUUCUUCGGAAUCCGAUGGGAAAGAUCACGACCAUUAUGAUGACCAACACCCAGACCUCGAUGACGAUGACGACGACGAAGAAAACGGAAUGGAUGUCGAAGAACCCGCUGACUAUAACACCCCAGUAUCGACAACAAAUGCAGCAAGCUACCACGACCUCCUCCACGAAGCGAUCCUGUACGGCCAAGAGCUGCAAGCCGACUACCCCGGUGACCAGGGGCGGGAGUAUAAGCGGGGCGCUGGACGAUAUCUUUUCACUAGUCGCCUACCCGGAUCCCAAGUCCAAGGGUGCACGGGCAUUUGCUGGAGCCGAAGCGGACGCGUUCCGGUAGCGGAAGAGUUGAUUCGGCGAUUUUGGGUAUAUUAA